AUGACAACGGAACUAUUAAUAUCGAAAGUAAGUACAGCAGCUGCGUACUAUACAUCAGAUGGGUGCAUGCAUUCUCCAGCAGCAAGCAAGCGCAGCCAGCAAAACAAGCUGUUCGUGGUGUCUGAUCUGACAUCUUUGCAAUAUUUCAAGAGGCUGAACUUCUCAGUGAGUUCAACUUUAGCAGAAGCCUGUAAAGCACUAAUUGAAGACAAGGCGCCCUUUCUGAAGGAAAACACUUUAAAAACAUCAUUCGGAGAAUCCAGUUGCACGGAGUACAUCACGCAGAACCACUACAUCACCCGCGCCCUCUCAGCCGAGGAGGCUGCCUUCCCCGUCGCCUAUGUCAUGACCCUGCACAAGGAGUUCGAGACCUUUGAGCGGCUCUUCAGGGCGGUGUACAUGCCCCAAAACGUCUACUGCGUCCACGUGGAUGCCAAGGCGCCGGCCCCCUUCCGGCAGGCGGUGCAGCGCUUGGUGGGCUGCUUCCCCAACGCCUUCCUCGCCUCCCGGGUGGAGCGGGUGGUCUAUGGCGGCAUCUCCCGCCUGCGGGCUGACCUCCACUGCAUGAGAGACCUGCUGGCCUCGGCCGUGCCCUGGCGCUACCUGCUCAACACCUGCGGCCAGGGCUUCCCCUUGAAGACCAACCGGGAGAUCGUCCGGCUGCUGAAGGGCUUCGGGGGGAAGAACAUCACCCCUGGGGUGCUGCCACCCCCCCACGUCACCGCCCGCACCAAAUAUGUGCACAGGGAGCAAUUAUACUCUUUCUUUUCUUUCAUGCUAUGGACAUUUGUGCGCAAGGUGCCCCCGCCCCACAACAUCACCAUCUACUUUGGCUCUGCGUAUGUGGCCGUCACCCGGCCCUUUGUGGAGUUCGUGCUGCGGGACCAGCGCGCCAUCGAUCUGCUGGCAUGGUCUGAGGACACCUACAGCCCCGACGAGCACUUCUGGGUGACGCUCAACAGGAUCCCAGAGGAAUCCAAAAAAGAUGAAACAUUUCCACAGCAGAUAUGUGUCCUUCCUAUUCCUUUAUUCCCUGCCAUCACUUUAGGGUGA